CUCUGUUCGUUUUCUUCUUAUCGAACGAGAGAGGAGCUUCGAAAAGGAAGCUGAAUGUCGAUCACUAAUUGCUGUAAAUCAAGAAUUAACAGAAAAUUAUCAUCGUUUCGGUGUCAUUUAGUCAAGCUAAGACUGAAAGAAAAAAAAAUCAAGCAAGGAAUGAAUUUCAAAGUUUCUCUAAUAUCAGGAAGGUCGUUGUUGGACGAUUUCUCGAGUUUGGGACUGAUUUAGUACUUCAGAUACAGUUUCAUAUGCUAUGGAAAUAUCGAAUGAUUCAGCCACAAAGAAAACAAAGAGAUUGACUUCUGUUGUAUGGAAUCACUUUGAAAGGGUUAGAAAGGCUGACAUCUGCUAUGCUGUCUGUGUCCAUUGUAACAAAAAACUCAGUGGAUCAAGUAAUAGUGGAACAACACAUCUUAGGAAUCAUUUAAUGCGAUGUCAGAAAAGUUUUAACUUUGACGUGUCUCAACUACAGGCUGUAAAGAGAAAGAAAAAGGAUAAUACUGUUAGCCUUGCAAAUAUUAGCUUUGAUGAAGGAGAAAGAAAAGAUGAAUAUAUCAAGCCUCUAAAUAUGAAUUUUGAUCAUGAUCAGAAAAAGGAUGAAGUUAUCAAUCUGGGGUGUGGCAAGUUCGAUCAGCAGAGGAGUCAGUUUGAUCUUGUCCGCAUGAUUAUUGUACAUGAUUACCCAUUAGCCAUGGUUAAUCAUGUAGGAUUUAAGGUAUUUGUAAAAAAUCUGCAGCCAUUGUUUGAUGUAGUGUCAAAUGUUUCAGUAGAGCUUUCCUGCAUGGAAAUUUAUGAGAAAGAGAAGCAAAAAAUGUACGAGUCUAUUAGCAAAUUGCAUGGCAGAAUUAACAUUGCUGUUGAAAUGUGGUCCUCAACAGAAAGUGUCCAGUACAUGUGUUUGACAGCACAUUAUAUUGAUGAGGACUGGACAUUACAGAGGAAGAUCCUGAAUUUUGUCACACUUGAUUCUCCACAUACUGAAGACAUGCUUUUAGAAGUAAUUAUCAAGUGCCUGAUGGAAUGGCAUAUUGAAUACAAAUUGUUUGCCAUGACAUUUGAUGAUUGUUUAAUUGAUGAUGAUAUUGUCAUUAGGAUCAAGGACCGGAUUUCUGAGAGCAGGCCCCAUUUAGGCAGCGGGCAAUUAUUUGAUGUGCGCUCUGCUGCUCAUGGUUUGAAUUUGAUUGUUCAAGAUGCCAUGGAUGCACUUAGAGAGGUGAACGAAAAAAUUCGAGUAAUCAUUAGAUAUGUCAAAAGUUCGCAGGUAAGGCAAGGAAAAUUCAAUGAGAUUGUCCAACAGCUGCGAAUUAACUGUCAGAGAAGCCUGAUUCUUGAUUGUCCAACUCGAUGGAACACAACGUAUCUGAUGCUUGAAACGGCUUUGGAAUAUAAGGCUGUUUUUAGCCUAUUGCAAGAGCAUGAAUCCUCCUACAUGUCAGCUUUAACUGAUUCUGAGUGGGAGUGGGCAAGUUCCAUUACUAGUUAUCUGAAAUUGUUUGUUGAAAUUACAAAUGGUUUAUUAGGCAACAAAUUUACAACUGCGAAUAUAUAUUUUCCCGAGAUUUGUCAUGUCCACAUCCAACUAAUUGAGUGGUGCAAGAGCCCAGAUGAUUUUCUUUGUUCCCUGGCACUAAAGAUGAAAGCUAAGUUUGACAAGUAUUGGAGCAAGUGCAUUUUGGCUUUGGUAGUGGCAGCUAUUUUGGAUCCCCGAUUCAAGAUGAGGUUGGUGGAGUACUACUAUUCUUUAAUUUAUGGCAGUAGUUCUCUGGAGAAAAUCAAGGAAGUUUCGGAUGGUAUUAAGGAACUUUUCGAUGCAUACUCAAUCAGCUCGACAUUGGUUGAUCAAGGUUCUGCUUUGCCUGGCAGCAGCUUUCCUAGUACCGGUGUGGAUCCUAGGGAUAGACUAAAGGGUUUUGAUAAAUUCGUCCAUGAGACUUCUCAAGGUCAGAGUGUAAUAUCGGAUUUGGACAAGUAUCUGGAGGAACCAGUCUUCCCUCGCAAUUGUGAUUUCAACCUCUUAAAUUGGUGGAAAGUUCACGCGCCAAGGUACCCUAUCUUAUCCAUGAUGGCACGUGAUAUUUUGGGUACGCCCAUGUCAACUCUUGCACCAGAUUUGGCAUUCAAUACUGGUGGAAGAAUGCUUGAUUGUCGAAGUUUGUUAAGUCCAGAUACUCAACAGGCUUUGGUAUGCGCACGUGAUUGGUUGCGGAUUGAAACACAAGAAGUCGAUUCGUCCUCUGCUCUUAGUUCUCUAUGCUACAUCGUAGCAGAUUAAUUGGUUCAUGGUAUGUUCUCUCAAUCCCCGUGUUGGCCAUCUGUGUAUUCAUGCAAGGUUUGACAGAUUUGUUAUCUGCUAUGUCAACAACUGGGUCCUUCUCUUCAAUCUGGUGUCGGGUGGCGUUGGAUGAAUCUACAUUUUACUUAAAGUUUAUAAAGAGAUCCCUCUUUUAUUUAUGAAAGAGCCAUUUACUUUUCAGUUUACAGCAGAAUGGCAAACCUGUUCCUAAUGACUUCUACUUGCAUAGUUGCUCUGUUAUGUGCUCCUUUGGCUAGUGUGGACGAAACUAUUUUUGCAUUACUUCUGGAUUUUCAUGUUAUAAAAGUCGAGGGGUUCUUAGCCAAUUGACCCACUAGACUGUGCUUAGAAGAAAAAUUUUCUGUUUGCUUUUUGUACAGAGGGCAAACAUGUCUAGAGUUUCACUGAAAUGUUGAACGCAUAGUUUUCUUCUUUCGACAUCCUUCUGAAGGAUAAA